UCCGUGAGACGUUGGCUAUGCCUGCCGUGAGGGCUAUCGGGAUUUGGAGUAUUAAAUAGUUUACUGGAAGAUGGCGGAAGAGGCCGGGAGGCUGCAGGAGGAGGCGCUGAAGAGGAGGGAACGGCUCCGGGCACUGAGGGAGCGGCAGCUGCAGAACAGAGACAAAGAUGAAAAAGAGCCAGCAAAUAAGCAGUUCAAAGAGGACAAUGAUGAAGAAGUAAAACAUAGAGAAUUAAAGUUGCGCAACUAUGUCCCAGAAGACAAAGAAUUGAAGGAACGUCUAGUGCCCAACGUCAAACCAGCCUCAGUUGAGGAUAAGGUGAAAGACCAGCUUGAAGCAGGGAAGCCUGAACCUGUCAUUGAAGAAGUGGACUUGGUGAACCUUGCCCCCAGGAAGCCUGACUGGGAUCUGAAAAGGGAUGUGGCAAAGAAACUAGAAAAGCUAGAGAAGAGAACACAGAGAGCAAUAGCAGAACUAAUCCGUCUGAGGGACAGCUUUCCCAACUCAGGCCAUCAAUCCCCAGAUGUUUGCAAGGAGGACUUUGAAAGGUUGCCUGGACAGCACAUUGCUAUAUUCAUGGUGAAAAACUAAAAGGCAAUGAAGAUGACCUAGCAUCUGCAGUUGGAGCAGUAAAACAGGAGGAUUAUGACUCUGAGUGACUCCUGGUCCUCCGGUGGACAGUGGCUUUGGGUCAGCCACAAGCUAGUUAACUUCAGGGUAUAGGUACAUGCGCGUCAUUUUGUGUCCUCUGCUCACCUUCUCUUUGAAAAGAAAAUGCCAAUAUACAGAUCAAGGUUGAAGCACAUGAAAAAGUGGCCUUCAUUCCACCUUAUAGGCAAGACUCUGCUCUCUACAUUGACAUCUGGCUGCUGAUGUAAUGAUCCCAUUGUCUCUGUUGCCACUGAUCUGCGACAAAUUUCCAUCUUCAAUUCAAAUGUCUCAUUAUUGUGCUAAUUUUAAAUUUAAUUAUAGAUGUAUAUUUUUCUAUGAUAUUGAUUGUGAUACACCUUCACUGGAUCUCCUGUCAUUUCAUUUCCAGGUCAGAGCCCAGAUUUGUUCUUUAAAAAUCAGCCCUUCUGAAAUAAAGGUCAUUGUUUUGACUCA